AUGUACAGUUCUCUUACAGGUGAACAUGUAACACAAAAUGUAUAUGAAAAUGCUAAAAAAAUAAGGGAAACAUUUGAAAUAAAAAAUAUGAGAGACUUUACCAUACUUUAUAAUAAAAUAGAUGUAUUAUUACUUACAGAUGUAAUGGAAAAUUAUGGAGCUGUUUCAUUAAGAGAUUUUAAGCUGGAUCCUGUUUAUUAUUAUACAACACCAGGCUUUGCUUGGAAUGCUAUGCUUAGAAAAACAGGUGUAAAAUUAGAACUGCUAAAAGAUACUGAUAUGUAUUUAAUGUUUGAACAGGGAAUAAGAGAAGGUUUAUCUCAAUCUAGUAUUAUAUAUUCUAAAGCGAAUAAUAAAUAUAUUGGAGAAAGAGAAAAGAAAAAACAUCAACGAAAUAUCUCUCAGAUUUGGAUGCAAAUAAUCUCUAUGGAUGGGAGAUGUGUAAAUAUUUACCAUACAAAAGGAUUUAAAUGGUGUAAUCCUGAUUUGUUUAAUACAGAAAAUUUUUUUAAAAUGAAAGACGACCAGGAAAAGAGCUAUAUUUUUGAAGAAGAUAUGAAAUAUCCUGAAGAACUUCACGAUCUUCAUUCAGAUUAUUCAUUGACUCCUGAAAAUGUAUUUGAUAAUACAAAAUUACUAAAAUUAACAAUGACCCUAUAUGAUAAAAAAAAAUAUAUUUUACAUUAUAUCAUCUUGGGCUUUAUUUAA